GGAAGCUUAAUAUAGAAAAGGUAUUGAUUACUGUUUAAUAAUAACAUAGGAUUUUCAUUAUAUGACUAAAAGAAAAUUAAGAGGCUCUGAAUGCCUAAGACCUUGCGCUUAAAUUUAAGGCAUAAAACACAAAGAUAAUUAUUAAUAAGAAUAGUAAAUAUUGUAUUUGUUAGGGAUUUCUUUAAAAAAAAAACUUUGAUUUUUAAUGUUUUUAUGCAACUAGAGUAACACUAAGAAGUGCUAAUGUAGUUUGAUCAAGCUAUUUUAAUUAACCCAAAUGAAUUAGCUGCUUAUAAUUGGAAGGGUAAAUAUUAAAAUCAUCUUAGGAUUCUCACUAGAAAAUUAUCAUAUGUAUGCAAAGGCAAUCCAAAAAUACAGGCAAGCGUAAAGCUUAUUAGGAAAUUAGUAGAAUGAAUAUUAUUUAAAUAUUUUUGUUUGGCAAAAACAACGUAGAGAUAAUUGA